AUGGGCCCUAGAAAUUCUAAGGAUAAUAAAAUAUCUUAGGAAGGAACAACCACAUAACACUCAACUCCUAAUAGUAAAACUGUUUUCAUCUAUAAAGCUAGCAAUAGAGCCGAUAUUUCAGUUGAAAAUAAAAAAUCCAAUCCUACACAGUUCAAAAAAAGUACUAACAAUAAUUAUUCCUCAGUUAUUUCAUUAAUAAGGAAAACCAACUAUAACAUGGCCUUAAAACAAUUGGAAAUUAUGGAGGAUCAGCAUUCUGAAUCUCCUGAUUUUCAUUAUUGGAAGGGUAACCUCUUAAAAUUACUUUCAGGUUUGGCACAUCUAGGAUUAAAUGAUCUACAAAAAGCCUAAGAAUGUUGUGAAUAAGCAAUUAAAUAUGAUCCAAAUCACAAACUUGCCUUGGCAGAAAUAGGUUAAAAAGAGAUUUAACUCUUUUAGGGAAUAUUUAUAUAUUGGCUCAAAAAUACGAAGAGGCUCAUUAAGUAUUCACAGAACUCUUGAAAAUAGACCAGAAGUCCUUUGAGGCCCAUUUGGGACUAGGCUUUAUUCGAACACAAAUCAAUGACUUUAAGACCGCAUAAGAGCAUUACGAGUUUGCUUUAAAUUGUGGUGUAGAGGAGAAAAUAACCUCUCUGAAUUAUGGUACAAUGUUAAUAAAGUAUUUCUAGGCCACAUGUUGUUUAAAUAAAAAAACUAUGACAUGGCCUUGAAAUUUUAUACAAAAUCAUUAGCCAUUGAUAAAGAAUAUCUGAGUGCCUUUAAAGCUAUUGGAAACUUAUAUUAUUAAUAAAAAAAGUUCAAUGAAUUACUAGAAUUCUGUGAAUAGAAUAGCAGCAACUCAUCUUGGAAUAUUCAUGUAUUAUAACUAAAAAGUAUAAUGAAACUCCUAAUUCAAUAGGUUAAGCCUACUUUGGAUUAGAACAGUAUGAUAAAGCACAACAAAUAUGUGAGUUGAUUUUAAUGGAGGAUAAAAAUAAUCUUGAAGCUCUCUAUAAUAUAUCAAAAUGUCUCAAAGCAUAAGGCAAAUAUUCGUAAGCUCUAAAUUGCUUAGAGAAAGUUCUCUUACUUUCUCCAAAAAAUAAAAAACUGUUAAAUUUUAAAGCAAAUCUCUUAAUAUCCUUAUAACGCUUCCAACAAGCAUUACAAACUUGUGAUGAACUAUUUUAAUUGGAUGCUGAUGAUUCAUACUCAUUUUAUAUAAGAGGUUUGGUAUAUAUGAAUAUGAGGGCAUUUGGUAAUGCAAUUGAUGAUUUUGAGAAAGCAAUAAAUUUUGAACUUCACCAUACUUUUAAUUAAAAAGUUUAUCAGUCUAAAAGUAUUUAUUCGAUAUUAAAUUUUCAAGUUAAGUGCCAUUUAGAAUUUCAAUAAUUUCAAUAGAUUUAAGAUUGCUACGACUUUCUACUGGCUUUUACUAAUAAUGAUUAAGAUAAAAUCAAAAUUCAUAUUGACAAAGGGUACUAUUAUUUAAUCUCGAAAGAUAAGGAAAAUGCUGAGAUAAAUUUCAAUAAAGCAUUAAAAUACUAACUUAAUCCAUUGGAGACCUAAGUUAAGAUUGCUAAUUGCUUUAGGGACACCAAGUAUUUUAAACAAGCUCUUAUGUUAUAUGAUAAGAUAAUCUAAGCAAAUUCGAAAUUUGUAGAUGCUUAUAUUGAAAAGGCGAUAUUAAUGGAUUUAUAAUAAAAUAACUCUUAAACGAUUCAUUUAUGCAGUAGAGCUAUUGAUCUAUAAAAAACUUAAGCCAAGCCAUAUAUGUUGAGAGGAAAAGCAAACAUCUAAACUCAAUAAUAUGAUGAAGCCUUACAAGACUUUGAGUAAGUAUUAAAACUAGAACCCAAUAAUCAUCAAGCACUUUUUGAAUCUGGCUAGGCUUAAUACAUGUCAAGCAAUUUCGAGAAAGCAUGCGAAAUGUUUGGAAAAGCCCUGGCAAUAGCACCAGAAAUUGAGUAAUAUCAUAUCAAGAGGGCAAUCGCUCUUUCUUUGCAAGAUUUUGAUAAAGAAGCAAUAGAGUAUCUAAAAGAUGCUAUUAAUUAAUUUCCAGAGUUUGAGGAUUGCUAAAAUCUUAUUGAUAGUUUAGAGGCCAAACCUAAACAUGUUAGAGAAUAUGCAAAUGUAUUUGUGUAUCUGAUAGUAAUGUUCUUUGAAAUUGGUGAAUAAUUAUCUAAAUAAGAAUCACUGGUACCGACUAUUGAAGUAGAUUCAAUCAUUUAAUUGAUGAAUCAAAAAAUGAAGGAGAAUUUUCCAAAAAUAUCAAAUUUAUUUGAAAUCGUUCGCUACUUUAUCUUGAAUAAGUUCGAUUGUGAAGUUAAGAUUAGUAAUGAACAAAUUAUAAGAGUUCUAUUGUCUAUAUAUUAAGCCAAGUAUCAUCCUGACAAUGGCACUAAAGUAGUUAUGAUAAUGGAUAUGAUAGAAUUAGGUAAAAAGAUUGCGAGAUUAAAAGAUAGAUAGAUUAGAGCAGGUAUUAAAUUAGAGAAUUAGAGAAUUCAAUCAGAAUUCUUAAAAUUCUUAUCUAAAUCUAAUAAUUCUAUCUUUAUCUCCUCCUCUGCUGGAUUUGCUAUAAAAGAUUCAAUUUAAGUUCUGCUAUUUUUAAUAUUAAACUUUAAUACUAUAAACUCCGAUUUAACAAAUCUCAAGAACUCAAUAUACGGUAAUGUAAAAAAUGGGGUUUUAGAUGCCAUAAAACCUAAAUGA